AUGCUUACAGAAUUUUUUACUAUGUGUAAAAAAAUUAAAGAAGGUAACAAGAAGAAACAUGAAAAGGACCAUGAAAAGGAGUUAUUAUAUGUGGAAUUUCCUGAAUAUUAUGUUUGGGAUUCAACAUCAAAAUCUUGGCGUCCAAGAAAACAGAGACAAGUGAUAGGUCGAAUAAAUGGGGCUAAUCCAAUUGAAGGAGAGAGAUAUUACCUGCGACUAUUGCUUACUCACAUUAGGUGUCCGAAAUCAUUUGAAGAUCUACUGACGGUAAAUGGUAAUCAGUGCAAAUCUUUCAAGCAAUCAGCUGAGAAAUUAGGUCUUUUGGAAUCUGAUGAUAGCAUAAGAGAGUGCUUAGAUGAAGCCAUCGUCUUCCAAAUGCCAACAGCACUUCGACGUUUGUUUGCAACUAUAUUGGUUCAUUGUGAGCCUACAGAUGUUAAUCAUUUGUGGGAUAAAUAUAUUGAAUCAUUAUCUGAAGACUACUCAAGGAAACCAAAUGCUACUAGAGCUUCGGUGAUAAAUGAUACUCUUCUCAAUAUUAACUUCUACUUAAAGAGCAUGGGAAAGGAUAUUAAAAAUUUUGACUUGCCACCUUUACAAGCCAAAAACAUUACAGAGGAAGGUUCAUACCCAAGAGAAAUAAAAGAAGAGCUAGAUGUACAAAUCUCAACUGAUGAUCUAAAUGCUGCAACAAAACUCAACUAUGAACAACAUACUACAUACACUACAAUAUUAUCACGAGUUGAAGAAAAUAAAAGUGGAGUUUUCUUUAUUGACAGUCUAGGAGGAACUGGGAAGACUUAUUUAUAUCGCGCUCUACUUGCCACAGUAAGAUCGCAAUGUAUGAUAGCUCUUGCUACAGCGACAUCAGGUGUCGCAGCUGUAAUAAUGCCUGGUGGAAGAACAGCACACUCCAGAUUUAAAAUCAAAAUCCCAACAACAGAUUCAUCUAUGUGCAGUAUAUCAAAGCAAGAUGGGACAUCAAAACUCCUUAGAAUAGCACGUCUAAUAAUUUGGGACGAGGCUGCUAUGGCUAAACGCGUUGCAAUUGAAACGUUGGAUAGAACACUAAGAGAUUUAAUGGAUAAAGAUGAACCAUUUGGCGGAAAAGUUAUUGUAUUUGGUGGUGAUUUCAGACAAGUUUUACCAGUGGUGCCUCGCUCAACAAGAUCACAAACUAUCAAAGAAAGUUUGGUAAGUUCACAUUUAUGGAGAAAAAUGAUCAAACUACAACUUUCCAAAAAUAUGAGAGCAAAAUCAGACACAGCAUUCAGUGAAUUUCUUCUUAGGAUUGGGAAUGGAGAUGAACCAACAAUGACACGGGAUUUCAUAAAACUGCCUAAUGCAAUGUUGAUCCAGAAUCAAGGUGAUGAGCUACCGGAAGAUUCUCUCAUAAAUUCAAUUUUUCCAUCUUUAGAUGAAAAUUUCAAGUCUAUUGACUAUAUGAAAGAUAGAGCUAUCCUUGCAACAAAAAAUGAAUAUGUUGACAUGUUAAAUGAUAGACUAAUAAAAAGGUUUCCAGGAGAAGGAAAAGAAUUCUAUAGCUUUGAUGAAGCAGUUGAUGACACUAAUCAUCAUUACCAAGAAGAAUUUUUGAACACUCUGCUCCCUAAUGGACUACCGCCACACAAGCUACUGUUGAAAAAAUAUUGUCCAAUUAUUUUACUAAGGAACUUGGAUCCAACUAAUAGACUGUGCAACGGUACAAGAAUGGUAUGUCAAGAUUUUAACUAUAAUGUAAUUCAAGUUAAAAUCACAAUGAGACAACAUGCUGGAAAAGAAGUUUUUUUGCCAAGAAUACCAUUGUCACCAGCAGAAGAUGAAGGAUUACCAUUCAAGUUCAAACGCAAACAAUUUCCCAUAAGAUUAUGUUUUGCAAUGACAAUUAAUAAAUCCCAAGGGCAAAUAAUACCUAACGUAGCUAUUUAUCUACCUGAACCAGUGUUCUCUCAUGGACAAUUAUAUGUUGCUUUAUCGCGGGGUACUUCUAUGAUGACAACCAAGGUCUUAAUAACAUCAGAUGGAAAAUUUGCAGAAGAGGAACAAUACACAAAAAAUGUUGUAUACAAGGAAGUUCUCCAGCCAAACGACCACGAGGAAUAA